CCUUUUUCCUCUCCCAAAUUUCACAAAUUACAAAAAUCAAAAUUGUAAGAACGUAGAAUUGGUGUUUGGAGAAUCCCCUUUUGAGUCCAACUACAUUUGUAUGUAGUAUAGAUCUUCUUUUCUUUAACAUCGUAGUAUAGAUUGAUUAAUUGAUGAUGGGAAACACACCCUAAUCCUCGCUGUAUCGCUCAACCCAGUUUCUUCCUCGGGAGUGGAAGAGAAAUUUUUCACAAUGGAAAAAGAAGCAGAUCAAGCAAACUGCCCGUGAACGCAGCGACGGGCUCCUCAAUAUUCUCCAUCCCAAGCUGCCUUCUCAUGGAGAUUCUGAGCAAACUACCCAUGUCCACAAUCUGCAAUUGCAGGUGCGUGUGUUCAUAUUUCCGCUACUAAAUUUCAUACCCUCAAUUUGCUCAACUCCACCUCUCUACAUCACAACCCUCCCUCAUGUUUUGGGACCGUCGUUGGGAUUGUAUUGUGCACUGAAUAGAAUUGAUUCAUCCCUGUCUUGUCCCUAUCGGCGCAAACAACCGCUACGCGCCUAGGAUUUUGAGAUUCAAGUCUAAAUGUGAUGUACCCACUGCAGAAUUGGAGGUAUUGAGUUCUUGCAAUGGUUUAAUUUGCUUCUACUGGCCUAGGACUUAUAACCCAUAUGUUAUAUGCAAUCCGGUUAUCAAUGCGCAUGUGAUUGUACCCCAAAUGGAAAAGGUUUUUUUUGACCAAUGCGGUUCUGGGUAUGGAUUUUGCUCAAGGACUAAUCAAUACAAAGUGUUGCGUUUGUUAUCUCCGAGUAUAGGGUUUGGGGUGCCGGGAUUAAUCAAGUUGGAGGCUGAAAUCAACACUGUGGGGACUAGUAAUUUGUGGAGGAGAGUUGGAGAUGCUCCGAGCUAUCUGCAUUGCUGUUCUGGUGGUUGCUUUUUAAAUGGGUCUCUUCAUUGGAUUGUCCACGACACUGAAAAUUGUUUCGAAUCAAUGUGUUGUUUUGACUUUGGGAAGGAGAGAUUCCAGCCAUUUCCGGGGCCAUCUCAAUUUCGUGGACUUCCUGGACAACUUCGGAUGGAAAUGAUGAAAAUGGGAGUGUUGAAGAAUGGUCUGUCAGUAUUUCAUCAUCCUAAUUGUUAUAUGCUUGAUAUAUGGGUGAUGAAGGAUUAUGCAGUGCGGGAGUCUUGGACUAAAGAUUUUGUCAUUAAACUCCCAUGGGUAGCAACUUACUUUGGCUAUAUUUAUCAACCGUUAAAUGGUUUUGAACAACGGGGUUAUCUUGAUAGUAUAUGCUUUAUCUGUCCUGCUUUCUUGUAAUACGAUGGACAAAAACAGUUUCAGAAAGUUCAUGGUCAAUGGGAUUUCAUCCUUCACUAGAGCAAUGACGUACAUUCCAAGCUUUGUUUCAAUAAUGAAUGCUGCCAGAGGGAGAUACUCUUACGCAUUUUACUACUAUGGUAGAAUUGAAGAUGGGCAUUUGAUUUACAAGCUUUGUGAUGUUCCAUGGUCGUUUUACGCUGAGUUGUGGAACUUGAAUGAGUGGUCAAUAUCUACAAAAAGGAGUUGGACAGUCACAGGAAAAGAAGCCAUGUUUUGUAUAUGUUGGUUGAGAAGAUGGCAAAGGUUGGGCAUAUUUCAUACUCAUUUGGGUUGGAAGCCAAUGAUUCAUUCUUACGAGUUGAGGAAAGUAACUAUCAGUUGUUUGAGUCAUCUCUAAAUCGACUCAAGCAAGAGAAUUUUUACAAAUUAUGUUUGGACAGAUGAUGCCUCAAGCAUAUUGUCAUCGUGUUUUACUUGUAUUUGGCUUUCGUUAUUUAAAUCACCUUAUCUGCCUUU